GAAGGGGGUGCGCAUUCCCACAUUGGCUGUGUGUGCAACCAGCUCCAGGGCGCUUUGCGGGACUCCAUAGCCGAACAUGGGGUUCAGUUUUGUCACCGUUUGCGCGAAGUGACUCAAACCAGUCCGUGGAGGAGCGCGUCUCAAAAGCGGGAUAAAGUUUGGGUGUGCGCGUAAAGAGAAAAAUUCGGUCAUCUCCAUCCGAGCGCGUCUGCCAGAAAGUAGAGAAAGAGAGAGAAGAGAGAGAAGAGAGAGAGAGAGAGAGAGAGAGAGAGAGAGAGGAGGCUUUACUGGAAACUGAGACUUUCACGGUCCUUGGACACUCAGAGCUCUUUCAAGGACUCUGGGAAUCAAGUGAGAAAGUUUCAUGCUGAAUAUUGCUGCGCUAACCUGAGGUCCAGGGUGUAAGGGGGAGCAGUCGGUCUCGGAGCUCCAAUGCCAGUGGACAUGCAGCCACACCAGGGGCUGUAUCACUAUGAGACUUCACCCAGCCAGCCCUCCAGAGGCCUAGUUCCAUCAGACCAGUCUCCCUACAGUGAUGUGUCCUCGCUGCGUGCCCCGCUCCUCAACGGCCCUCCCCAAGACUGCAGAACUAUGUACAACCCCAUGACUCCCAGUAUGACUCAUGGCUCAGGACCAGGACAAGGGAUCGGCCACUGCAUGGAUCAAUAUAUGAGGCCCCCUCAGGCCCCACCGCCGCAUAGUAUGAUGGGCCACAGGGGCAUGCCGCCCACAGAGUGUGGAAAUAGCACCCCCUACUGUAACCAGAACAACAUGAUGUCGUCUCAUCACAACUUCUGCCAGAUUCAGCCUGGCUCUGAUCAGAUUGGCUCAGGCGAUGGUAGGAUGUCAUUCUCCACUGUUAAAUGCUCAAGGUUCUCCACACCUCGCUCCAUGCUCAAGCUGAGUAAAAAGAGGGCUUUGUCCAUCUCCCCUCUUUCUGAUGCCAGUGUUGACCUGCAGACGGUGAUCCGGACAUCACCAAACUCCUUGGUGGCCUUUGUUAACGCUCGCUGCAACCCCAAUGGUGCCAGUUCUUACGGCCAUCUCUCUGUGAGCGCCAUGAGCCCGUCCCUCGGCUAUUCCAGCAAUAUAAACUGCCAAUCCAGGCAGCAAGGUUCCAUGUAUGGAGGAGGUGGAGGGACACCUCUGGGUGGACACACACCAGGUCCCUGCCAAGCCUCCCGCUUACCUCCCCACAAUCCUCGGCUCCUCGCUCCACCCAAGCAUGGACACCUGAAGACAGAGCCAGGCCUGGGAGGUGUGAUGGAUGGCAUGAAUGUGAAGAGCCUGGAGGAGAGGUCAGAGGGAGAUGUGGCCAGUCCUUCCUCCACUGGCACUCAGGACCCUCUCCUUGGUCUGCUGGAUGGCAGAGAUGACUUGGACAAGGAGGACGGGAAGAUUGAACAAGAGGCCAUCUAUGAAACUAACUGCCACUGGGAGAGCUGCAACAAGGAGUUUGACACACAGGACCAGCUAGUUCACCACAUCAACAAUGAGCACAUCCACGGAGAAAAGAAGGAGUUUGUGUGUCACUGGCAGGAGUGCUCCCGAGAACAGAGGCCUUUCAAAGCCCAGUACAUGCUGGUGGUUCACAUGCGCAGACACACAGGAGAGAAGCCACACAAGUGCACUUUUGAAGGCUGUAAUAAGGCCUACUCUCGCCUGGAGAAUUUAAAAACCCACCUGCGCUCUCACACUGGAGAGAAGCCAUAUGUGUGUGAACAUGAAGGCUGUAACAAAGCCUUCUCAAACGCUUCAGACCGAGCCAAGCACCAGAACCGAACUCACUCCAAUGAGAAACCUUAUGUGUGUAAGAUCCCCGGCUGCACUAAACGGUACACAGAUCCCAGCUCUUUGCGUAAACACGUGAAGACAGUGCAUGGCCCCGAAGCCCACAUCACCAAGAAACAUCGUGGAGACACAGGACCUCGCCCCCCCGGGUCAGCAAUGACUCCUGGAGGCCAGAGCUCUGAACUGUUGAUGGAGAAAGAGGAGACACGCAGGGAGGACUGCAAACUGUUGGCUCCUGAGACAGCUCUGAAAUCCCAGCCAAGUCCUGGAGGUCAGUCAUCCUGCAGUAGCGAGCGUUCUCCACUGGGGAGUGCCAAUAACAAUGACAGUGGGGUGGAGAUGAACCUGAAUGCAGCAGGCAGUCUGGAGGAUCUCACAGCACUGGAGGAUGGUGUAGCUGGUGGAGGCGGAGGAGGAGGAGGAGGAGAGCCAGGAAGUGUAGCAGGAACUAUGGGAAUGUCAGCACAGGCUUUGAAGAGGCUGGAGAACCUGAAGAUCGACAAACUGAAGCAAAUCCGCAGACCAACCCCCCCUGCCCGCUGUGGCAAUACCAAGCUACCCGCACUCCCUGGUCCAGGUGAGAGUAUGGGAAUGUGUGCGCCUUCUCCACUCCUCUCAAAUCGACGAGUUAUGGAGCUGUCCAAUCACGAGUUAGGAAGUGGCACAGCGAUUGGCUGUUCUUCUAGCGACAGGAGAGGAAGCGGCACCAGCAGCCUCAGCUCUGCAUAUACCGUCAGCCGUAGGUCAUCCAUGGUGUCUCCUUACCUGUCCAGCCGGCGUUCCAGUGAUGUUUCACAAAUGGGAGGAACACCAGGGGGAGGAUGUCACCUUCUUGGCCCAGAGCAGAGCGGAGGAGACCCCCUCUCGCCUGAGACCAAUCGCAGAGGAGCCCCAUGUCCUGGAGGAGGAUUGCCUGGUCUUCCUAAUUUAACACCUGCCCAGCAAUACAGCCUAAAGGCCAAAUAUGCUGCAGCAACUGGUGGACCACCACCCACUCCUUUACCCAAUAUGGAGCAGGCAGCUACUCCCGGCAGAAGAGGAGGUAUUUUAAGCGAGUACCAGGGGCAACCUCUGCCUCCUUUCCUUCAACAAGUUGGUCCACGUAGACACAGUGCCAAUACAGAGUAUGGUACUGGUGUUAUCUACCCUCACCAGGCUCCGGGUAACAACAGCAGGCGAGCUAGUGACCCAGUUCGAUCAGUGGCAGAUCCACAAGCUCUCCCGAAACGCUUUAAUAGCCUUAACAAUGUUGCAAUGAUGGGCCGAAGGAAUGCUCUGCAACACCGCUCUGACUCCAGUCUCGCCCGCCACAUGUACUCCCCUCGGCCACCUAGCAUUACAGAAAAUGUAAUGAUGGAGGCUAUGGGUAUGGAGCCCCACCUUGCUCCUGUUGAUGCCAGGGAUCGUUCCUUGAUGAUGCCCCCUGGAGAGAGAAGCUUCAUGGGAUACCAGCAACAGCAUCAAACUCUUGGAGGAGCCGGAGGUGGAGGUCCUCUUUCAAAUCAACUGUCCCCAAGCCAUGACUCGCUGAGCUGCCCUGACCAGGCUUACAUGCAGGGACACUACCAGAACCAGGGAGGGGAAGUCCCUUCCAGAGCUGGUGGAAAUUCAAUAGGUCAAGUAAGGCCCAUUCACUCAGAGGGCAUGUCUAAUACACUUCUGCAGCAGGCUGAGUACAGUAUGAGCACCUGCCAGCUCAGUCCCUCAGGCCCUCAUUACCCUGGCAUUGGCCAGGGGGGUGAUGCUGGAGGCACUUGGAGUGAUACCCACAACCAAAUCCAAUCUUCCAGCCAUGCUCUCCAGAACCAGCGAGGAAUGCCGUAUUCGGAUGCCACCCUGCAGCCUCAACAGACACCAACCCACUUCAACAAUCAGCAAGCCCUCUACAACAGUCCCGAUGGAACCCACAAACUCAUCAUCAAGCCUGAGCAGCAGUUCCAUCCGGGGAUGGGAGGUGGAGAUGCCUGUCAAAGUGCUAAACUCCAACAGCAGCGGAUGCUCCUCCAGCAGACUCAGGGUUACCCGCAACAGACAGGCCAGGUCAUGAUGAGGAAUUCAAACAACCCCAGCUGUGACUUUCAGGGGCAGAACCAGAACUCCUUCCCCAGUGGCGGGGGCUUGAGCUUGGGCUGUGCUGGAACUUCACUAGCAGAAGGGCAGAGGUCAGAAACCCCCAUGAUGCAGGUGAAGGAGAUGAUGGUGAGGAACUAUGUGCAGUCCCAACAAGCACUCAUGUGGGAGCAGCAACAAGAACAGCAACAGCAGAGUGGAAUAAAACCUCCCCCUCUGUCUGAUAACAUGGAUAUGAGUGCCCAGACAGCAAUGAUGCAGCACAGUCCACAACACCAAAACCAGAAUCUUUACUCUAGCCAAACCUAUCCAUCCUACCCCAACCAGAACCUGGUCAUGAGCCCUCCGUCCCACAGCUCUGUGACACCGAAAGACCAGCAGCUCCAAGGCUCAUGUUAUGGCCAGGAGAUGGUGGUCCCCAGGCCUCCUCAGGGACGGAAACCCCUCAGCCGUCAGAACAGCCUGUCACAGGUAGGAGGAGUCUACUUGGGCAGCCCACCCCACCUCAGCCCUGUCCACUCUACUACCAGCCCCAGGCGAGCAGUCCGACUUCCUCCAGUUCAGCAUCCACAGCACCCGCAAAAUGAAAUGUUCUCUCCUUCGAAUAACAACAACAUGUACUACUCGGGUCAGAUAAACAUGGGUAUGGAGAAACACACUGACCCCCAAAACGGACCUUGUCUCAACCAGCAGCACAGUAUGGGGUCCAACCUGGACCCAACAGUUGGCACAAAGUCUGCACCCUAUCCUCAGUCUGGUCCUAUCUCAAAUGCCUUAGAAAAUCUUGACCUGGACAAUGCUCGCAUAGACUUCACCUCCAUCAUUGAUGAUGCUGAGCCUUCCUCCUUCAGUCCAGUCAACAAUCCCCUUCAGGGCCAACCAGGGUCUUCCUCCCAGGCCUCAUCCCGUCUCACCACCCCCCAGACUUCUGUCAGCCUCGCUGCAGGCUCUGGCCUGUCCAACAUGGCUGUGGGCGACAUGACGUCUAUGCUUACCUCGCUGGCUGGGGAGAAUAAAUACCUGAACACACUGUCUUAAAGGAGGACAUCUUUUCCAGGACACAAUCAAGUAGAGUUCUAAGCCAGUUCUUAAUGUUUUAACUAAGGUCCCAAAUGGAAAGGCAUGUAGCCAAGUAUCCAGAGGUACCCAGCCUGGAGUCCAGUUGCUUGUGUGAUUUCCCUGGUACACUGCAAGAAAGGCCAGUUAGGGUACGAUAGACAAACUUUUGAAUGUACUAUUUCAUGUAGUGGAUCAUUCGUGUGGGCUCAUCCCAAUCAGCCUAAACCCAACACAUUGACCCUUGUUCAAGUCAGGAUCCUGAACAGGCUGGGAUCUGAUGCUUUUGGAUACCCAGGGUUACGGUUAGGGCAAGGCAUGAAUCAAGGCUAACCCUAACCAUGUAACAGGAAUUAUGAUGCAUUGCAAUGCAUUCUGGUUUGGAAGUUGAGACUAAGCUACUAACGGGAACCCGUAACAGAUUUCAAAAUUAAGUCCCCACCCAAAACCUUAAAACCAAAGGUGCCUGAUCAACUUUUCUCGCUGUAUUGUUCCUUCACUACCUUGGUACUUGGUAUUUUUCUGUGCCUUACUAUAGGACACAGAGCUAUAUGCCUGAUAUGAAACUGAUACUGAACUUUUUCCAAACAGGCAUUCCAGUCACGUAGGGCUAUGGCAACAGUGGAGCAGAGAAGGAUGCAUGUAAAUAGGUUUUAUAUACAUUUAUAUAUGUUGUGUAUAUGACAAUGAGACAGUGGAUAAAUUGUCCCCUGUCUUGUGAUUGCUUGGAUUCUGAAGGCUAAUAUUCAGACGAGAGUGUAAGAAGGUUGUUUUAAGAGCAGGGGUGAAGAUUAAAGAUGUGCUUUUAGCGAUGGAGAAAUAAUUUCUCGGUGCUAAUAAAUAUUAAUCUGUAUUGCUAGGGAAUUCGUCCUUGUCAUGAACAACACACUCUUAAUAGUGGCAUAUCAGUAUUCCUACACAUGCAAAUAAUGCAGUCGCAGACACACACAUUGCCUACACACAGACACUCAGGACUUGUGUUUGAAUCUUUGGUGUUCAGAUUACAUUUUUGUUGUAAAUGCCUUUCCAGACAGAGAGUUUGCACUCCACACGUUUACUGUAAGUGUUCCUAAAGCAGCUGUGUUCUUUUUUUUCAGUGGUGUUUAUAACUGCAAAAAACAGAAAGGGUCGUGCUCUUUCUAAGGUACAUACAUGGGGUAUAAUGCGUAAUGCUCAAAUAUAAAAUGUGUGUAACGAUCCCCUCUUAACUACAGUAUUUCUCAUAUAUAUUCAAACAUAAUGCCUUCGCUCAACAUUAAUCCAACACAACAUGAUUUAGCUGAGGAUGACGGCUAUUUUUAAUGAAACCAGAGUCAGCUGGUUUGUAUCUGCAAACAGAUCAUAUAGCACGGUGUUGGUGCACUUUGGCUCUAAUCCCAAAGACGAGUUAUUUGGAAAAUUCUGCAUUACUAAUUCAGGACAGGGGGUCGCCAAGCAGGAAAUCUAUCACUCGCUGCCACUGUGUUAAAUACAAAUAUGUGUACACUGAGGUACUUCUUUGCAACUAUUGUAUGAGCUGUAUCAUAUGGAAGAAGGCUGCAGCUCUUGGUAGGAGAACUAAUUUUACACUGUGGCUUUGCACUGACUACAGCACUGUGUGGAAAGGUCUCUUGUCUCUUAUGACUCUUCACAUGAACCUCAUUAUGGUAGCGAUAAAAAAAACAAAAAAAUCAUCACAGUAUUUUGUUUUUUAAUAGACAUUCAAGAACACACCUGAGCACAGCUAGACUCAAUAAGGCCACAUUAGUAAAGCAUUGCUGAAGCAUUUUUUGUGACUUUUCAGAAUGAAAUAGUAGCGUCACUUCAAAGUUUACUAAGCAUUAGCGGGAAUGAACAUUUCUUCAUUUUGGAAAAAGUGUACAACCUACCAAAGACACCUUAAAAUGGCUGAGAAAAGAUGCACAAAUAGUCUAUUUUAACACAACACUAACACUAGCAAUAAGGACAUGAACAUUGACUGAUAGUGCUGUUCUUUAGAAUGUAUGAGAUCUUUUGUAUAAAAUUAUCUUUUUAUAUUAAUGAACCUUACGAACGUUGCCUUCUAUGUGUGUGUGUUGUUGAUUUUUUUUUUUUAUAGCUGUCAUCCUUCAUUAUGACUUUUUUGCUGGCAAAAGAAUAUCACCUUUAGCAACAGAAAGCUAUAAUAGUAGCAUUAACUAUAAUAGAUAAAAGCCAAGUGUUAUAUUUUGUGUACAAUUUUCUACAUUUUUAUACAAAUGUGCUAUAUUUUACCAGUUUAUGAAUAAACAUGUUCAGUGGAAUGGAUGCAGAA